AAAUCUGGCUUAGGGUUUUUGGAGUUUGUACGGAUAAAUCAUCAUCCUUUUUGUCUUCCGUUGACUGAUUCAGCUUCUUUUCUGAAUUUAUUGAUUUGGGUUUCUCUUGUUCUUCAUUGAAUCAUUGUUCUUCAAGUUGGAUUGUGUCACUAAAAACGAAGUUGAAUGUGUUUGUGUGGUGGUUGGUUUGUAGUGGUUUUGAUCUUGGAGGUUUUUUGAUUAGUGGUGUUCAUCGAGUUUUAGAAGAAGAUGGAUUUAAGUGAGAAAGAUGAGUUUUCAGCAGAGAAGAGGAAUCCUGAUAGCUAUGAUUUGGUUAGUAAUCCGUCUGGUGAUUGGCGAGUUUCGGGUUCUAACCCGAUUGAUUCAUAUCCUUCAGAGAAUCUGAUAUCAGCUGGUCCUGCGUCUUGUUCUCCAUCUCAGAUUAUGGAUUCAUUUGGGCAAACUCUUUGGUAUGAUCCCACUAGUGUUCAGGCUGUGGGUUAUGGCGGUUUUAAUGUCCAGAACAAUGGUGGUAAUGCUUCGUCUUCUUCGUUUAGGGGUAAUAUUGAUAGAUCUCUUGAAAUGGGUUGGAAUCUGCCUAAUUUGUUGCCUCCUAAAGGCAAUGGUCUUUUCUUGCCGAAUGCGAAUAGCUUCCUUCCUCCGAGUAUGGCUCAGUUCCCGGCUGAUUCAGGGUUUAUAGAGCGUGCUGCGAGGUUUUCGCUUUUUAGCGGUGGGAAUUUUAGUGAUAUGGUGAAUCAACCACUUGGGAAUCCUGAGUCGAUUGGUUUGUUUCUUCAAGGUGGUGGAACAAUGCAAGGGCAGUGUCAAAGUAAUGAACUUAAUGUUUGUGAACCUCACAAUGAUGUAUCUACAGAAGUGAAAGACCCAACUGUUAGAUCUAGUGAACAAGCUAAACCGAAUGUUCCUGGAUCGGGCAAUAUAUCUGAGGAUACUCAGUCUAGUGGUGGUAACGGUCGGAAAGGCAGAGAAACUUCUUCCAACACAAAGAAGAGGAAAAGAAAUGGGCAGAAUUCUGAAGCAGCUCAAUCACACAGAUCUCAGCAAUCUGAGGAAGAACCAGACAACAAUGGUGAUAAAAAGCUGAAUAGUGAGCAAAGUCCAAAUUCACCUGGAAACAAGACAAACAGUGGGAAACAACAGGGCAAACAAAGUUCUGAUCCUCCAAAAGAUGGAUAUAUUCAUGUGCGGGCACGAAGAGGCCAGGCUACAAAUAGCCAUAGUCUUGCAGAAAGGGUUAGGAGAGAAAAAAUUAGUGAAAGGAUGAAGUUUCUUCAAGAUCUUGUACCGGGUUGCAACAAGGUGACUGGGAAGGCAGUUAUGCUUGACGAAAUCAUAAACUACGUACAAUCAUUACAACGCCAAGUUGAGUUUUUAUCGAUGAAGCUUGCAACUGUGAACCCACAAAUGGACUUUAACCUUGAAGGUCUUCUUGCAAAAGAUGCACUUCAACUACGAGCUGGUUCUUCAUCUACAACACCAUUCCCCCCAAAUAUGUCAAUGGCUUAUCCUCCUCUACCACAUGGAUUCAUGCAACAAACCCUUUCCAGCAUCGGAAGGACCAUUAGCUCUCCAUUGUCUUCUAUGAAUGGUGGAUUCAAGCGACAGGAAACAAAUGGAUGGGAGGGUGAUUUGCAAAAUGUGAUCCACAUUAACUAUGGAGCUGGUGAUGUCACACCUGACCCUCAAGCAGCAGCUACAGCAUCUCUCCCAGCUGCAAAUAUGAAGGUUGAGCCAUGAUAUUUCUUCUUGUUAGAUAGAAUAUUAAAUUAUUGUAAUCUUU